CCUAAAUCUUUAUCAAAUCAAGUUAAUUAACAAAAAUAUAAUAAAAAAUUUCAUCUUCCGACGAUUCCUCUUCCCAUACAACAAUGAGACGACGCGUUGGAAUAGGAGCAAUCCAAAAGGAACGUCUUCAACAAGAAAAAUACAAAGAUAAAGGUAAUGAGAUCCAAGAAAAUCAAUUUGAACAAAUGAGUAAACAACUAGAGGCAUUUCGGGUUAAUUUAGAAGAUUUCGCUUCGAAACACAAGAAUGAAAUUCGGAAAAAUCCCGAGUUUCGUCGUCAAUUUCAGGAAAUGUGUGCCUCGAUCGGAGUUGACCCUUUAGCUUCUGGUAAAGGUUUUUGGUCCGUACUUGGAAUUGGCGACUUUUACUACGAAUUAGCUGUUCAAAUUGUUGAAGUAUGUUUAUCAACUAACCAUAAAAACGGAGGAUUAAUAAGUUUGGAUGAAUUAAGAACGAGGUUGAUUAAUGCGCGGGGUCAAAGUAAACAUCAUCAAGAAAUUUCUAAGGAUGAUCUUUUAGCUGCAGCUAAAAAAUUAAAAAUUUUGGGUAGGGGUUUUAGUGUAUUAUCAAUGGGUAAAGGACAAUUUAUGGUGCAAUCAAUCGCCGGAGAAUUAAGUUUGGAUCAUACAACUUUGUUACAAUGUGCUGAUCAAAAUUCAGGGUGGGUUAGUGUUAGUGUCUUGAAGGGAAAAUUAAGUUGGAGUCAAGAAAGGGCGGAGAAAAGUUUAGAAUUUAUGUUAAAAGAAGGUUUAGCUUGGGUUGACCUUCAAAGUGUUGAAGAAAAACUUUAUUAUUUUCCUAGUUUAUUUGUUGGGUGUGUUAAUGAUAAUAAUUAAAUGAUUAUUAACUGUUUA